CUCCUCCCUACUGACUAGGAACCUUGUGGUUAAAAUAACACACAGCCUCUAUUCACAGCUCAAACUUAGAGCUGCCAUUGGAGACAGAUUGGGGAUUUCAGGAAGUCUCAGAAGAUGAUUUCGAGUUGCUUUCUCCGUAAUCAGUUGUAGACCCUCAUGAAGAAAUCAGGGAUCUAGUCAGGGUGGGUCCAACCAACGCCACGGUCCUGGCAGCCGAGCUCCGAUGAAGCCAGCGCAUUAUGUACAGCGUAGAGGACCUCCUGAUUUCUCAUGGAUACAAGCUGUCCAGAGGCAUCCCGGCGCCACCGGACGGUGACCGCGAGGGCCGCCGGCCAGCCAGGCCCAGAGCGAGAGCUGGCCAGGGCCUGCUGAAUGGGUGCGAUGAUGGCCCCGCGGCCCCCCUCUACAGUAAGCCGUCCCCGGGGAAGGGCCACGUGAGCGCCCCGGAAGACAGCCACCGCCUACCAAGAGCCCACGGGGAGCCCCAGAGCACGUCUGCUCCUAGAGCUCAUGCGGCGGGGUUUUAUCAUCAGCCUGUGCUGAGGUGGUCCUCUCAGCCCCAGACCACCCGCGACCACGCCUACCGGAGAAGAAGAGGACAAGAGGUCGGUGGCUUGCCGGGGCCAAGGGCCCGAGAAGACCCAGAGGUCAGAGGGAUGGCCCAAGCCCACAGUCUGCCCGUGCACACGAGGGAGGGCCCAUGGGAAGUUGGAGGAAGGACAGAGAACGUGAUGAAGAAGGCAGUUUGGGAAGAAGAGCUGAGAAUGGCGGGACCUGCCAAGUGGCAGCAUAAAGGCCCGGAGAGCGGGAACCAGCCCAGGAAAUUGGGAAGGCAGAUGUCUGAUGGCGAUGGGGGGAAACUCUUUCAGGAUCUGUACCCAUUCGUGCAAGGAGAGCACGUGUUGAGUUCCCAGAGCAAAGGGAAAUCCCAGUCCUUGCCCAGGGUUCUUUCCCCUGAUGGCCUGAGCUGCAUGGAAAUUCCCAUUCCAUUCAAUGAUGGCCAUUUUCCAGGUGUUCCUAAAAUGCCAUUUUAUCCCCCAAAUUGUGCACCAAAUUUGGACUCCAAAAGGAACCCCGAGAAGGGUGGCUCCUCAGUCCCUUACCCCCGGCCUAAGUUCGGGAGACCCCUCAAGCCUCCGUCUUACAACUCACACCAGCACUCCAGGGCGGCUGUGGAGAACAGCGACGCUCUGGACAGCCAGCAGGUGGACCUGUGUAUCUCCUACGUGAGCAAACCCGGCGAGCCCAGGCUGGAGCUGUGCGCGCCGGACUCCAGUUUGGAGCCUCCCGUGUACGUGCCUCCACCAUCGUACAGGUCGCCGCCCCAGCACAUCACAAAUCCCUACCUGGAGGACACAGUGCCUGGGCCUCUGUGUGGCAGUCCCCGUCAGCAGCAGCGUCUGAUGGAGCUGGCCGGCCCCCUAGGCACCAGGGAUGAGUAUGGGGCGGGCCCACAUUCUCCUCGCGGGGUCCCUCCGCAGCCCCGGCCGACCGCUGCUUUUGACAGCUCCGUUCUGUAUAUUCCCUUUGACGACCCACGCAUCCGGCAUUUUAAACUGGCCCACCCCCAGGGUUUCUGCCAAGAAACAACGGCCAAUGAGAAGUCCUACAACUCUAGUCCCAGCACCGCCCUGGCAGCCACUCAUGGAAACGGUCACCAAGAUGGCGCCGUUUUGGGCCCACAGAGUGUGAGAACCCCGCCAGGUGGUGUGAGCGGCUCCGCGGCUGCCAAUCCCGGUCCCUGGUGGUUGUGGGGCCAGCUCCCCAGGGACGCAGAAAAUGGCAUUCCUGACCAAAGAGCCCUCGGUGCCGUGGGGGGACAGUGGCCUGCCGUGGGCGGUGGCCGGGGUGGACACGCAGAAGGCUUCAUCUCCUCCCCAAGCCCACAGGGCGAGGGCACCUGUGAAACUCGAACCAAGCUCAAGAAGUUCGAAACUGGGAUGCAGACCAAGAAAAGUUCAAAGAAAAUGAACGAGACAAUAUUUUGUUUGGUUUCCAUCCCAGUUAAAUCAGAAUCCCAUCUGCCAGAUAUAGAUACGAACAACAAUGACUUAAAACAGGGCGCUGAUAAAAAGAACGGGCUUGAUAAGAGCGCAGCUCUGCAAGAACAAAGUCUGCUGAGCAUGUCUUCCACCGACCUGGAGCUGCAGGCGCUCACAGGAAGCAUGGUUGGGAGAACAGAGUUCCAGAAACAAGAUCUGGGGGAACCAGAAGAAGGCAAACAAACAAAUGACCUCAGAUUCAUUCACCCUGCACAACACAGAGAACUCAAGUACUCUGGCUCGUGGCCAGGGCACCAGUACAGAGAUCAGCAAACACAAACUGCUUUUGCAGAGGAAUCCAGAAGUGUGCUGCCCCUCCCUGGUGAGAAGCCAGGAGGCUCAGCAAAAGCAGUGCUGACCCCAAAAUACUCAGACCCUCUUGUCUCGGAGGCUCGCGUGCCCAUGGGGUUAGCUCCCAGUGACCAAAACGAGAGGCCAAAUGCUCAUCACCUAAAAGGUCAAAUGUCCCUCAGCCCCUCCAGCAAUAGUGCUUUCUCAAGGACUUCCUCCUGCAUAAGCCAGGCACCUGUUUCAAAAGCAGGGCCCCGUCAGGCCUGCGUGGACGGCCGUGGCCGUGGAGCCAGCCCCGUGCCCAGGGGCGAUGUGGUGAAGGGGGAGACCACUGGCCCAUGCAACAGCAAACAGCUAUUUGGUCAGUUUCUUUUGAAGCCAGUGAGCCGCCGUCCCUGGGAUUUGAUUAGCCAGCUAGAAAGUUUUAACAAGGAGCUUCAGGAAGAGGAAGAAAGCAGCCAGAGUGGCAGCGAGAGCAGCAGUGAGGACAGUGACGCAGAGUGGCAGCCCGAAGGCCGUGCUGAGGCCGUGGGCAGGAACUGGGGCUCCAGUGGAGAUAGCCAGGCAUGGAGGGGUGAGCAGCCCAUGGUCAGGCCGGGAAGAGUCCAGAGUAAGUCUGAAAGCUGGAGCGAAGGGCCAAAGCCUGGCCAGCCUGGUGCCCAUGCUCACUGCCUAGGCCCCACAGAGGUGGAAGGAGGCAGAUGGGCACAUGGAGGCCUGAUCACAGACAAGGGGAACCAGGAGGUUGAGUGCACAGUGAACAAGCCAGCAGGAAGCCCAGGUCCUGUGAAGGGAGUGAUGGCUUCUAGGUCAGGUGACACGAAGCCAGUGCCCUGGUCCGAUCCAGUCGCUCUCAGGCAGCCCCCGGGCAGCCAGGAACUGCCCAGUGUUUCCAUUUCUGCCGAGCUGAGCCCAGCAAUGCCUCGGAAGGCUGGUGGUGAGGAGGGGAGGAGCCCGCCGGUCCUGCUCUCUCUCGCCAGCAAACCCCGAGGGCUGUCAGCGCCAGACUUGAGGUCUGUGGGGCUGGCGCCUGCACAGGAACAGAGUGCCAGUCAGUUAGAUGCCUCUUCAGGUGAAGUGAGGGCAACAGAAAUCCCCCUGAAUGAGUCCCUUCAAGCAAGGGCUGCGAGGAUCCUGGGCAUUGAGGUGGCUGUGGAGUCCCUGCUGCCAGGUGCCAGGAGAACAGGACAGAACCAGCACCCUGAGCCUGAUGGAAGUGGCCGAGGGCCAGAGGCCCCCAGGGAGGAGCCUGUGUCCAGUUCACAGCUGGAUGAGCCCGUGGCGCCUGCUGAUGCCUUUUAUGGCAGGAGAAAGUGCGGCUGGACCGAAAGCCCUCUCUUUGUAGGGGAAAGGGACAGUUCCCGUCACACUGCCCCGGCUGCUGAUCACUCAGGUGUGGACGGGACUGUUCCCAGCAAGGCCGCCAGCCCCGAGCCUCAGCGCAGCCCCCAGGAGUCCAGGUCCUUCGAUCCCAAGGACAUGGGGACAAAUCCACCCUUCAGGUCUACUCUCUUCCAUUUUAUAGAAAGGACCCCAAAUACGCCAGGCUCAGAAAAGAGGCUCAGAAGCACUUCCAAAGUGAUUGAAAGUUUACAAGAGAAACUGGCUUCACCCCCUAGGAGAGCAGACCCCGGCCGCUUGAUGAGGAUGAAGGAGGUGAGCUCUGUGUCCCGCAUGAGGCUCCUGACCUCCCGGAGCACUGACUCCAUGGAGGAGGCGGAGGAGCUGAAGGCCGAGAGGGGCCCUGGGGUGCAGCCUGAAGGCCCAGUGUCUCUGAACGCCAGGGACCUGGUGCGGAAGGCUGGGCUCCCGCUCACAGUCUGCAAGGACACCCUCUCACCGGAAGAAGACAGGCAUCCACCAGCGCACAGGGAGAAGAAGACCAUCCAUCCAGACUUCUGGUGCCCAGAUUCCUAUGACCCUAGCAGAGUGGAGAGGGUGUGAAGAGAUGCCGUUUUAGCACGGGAUCGUCAGAGUUUACUGAGUGUUCUCUCAUUUAGCCUGUUAGCCCGACUUGCACGCGUGUGAGCCGGAGACUGCCCUUCGCGUACUGUGACAUCCUUCACCACUGCCACCGAGAACCUUGUCAUCCCUGCAGAAUCACUUUGUGGAAAUAAAGCAUUAGUCCGUUGAAACCAUCUGUUUUUAUAACAUGAAGAGUCAAUGCCUAAAUUUGGAAAGGAGUCACAUAAACUCUCCUUCGUGAUAGAUGUAGCCAAGCUGGUGAAUAGUUUGGUGUUAAUCUGGUUCGAUGUGAAAAUUCAGACGUGAAUGAUAUUAAAAAGACUGUGAAUGUCACAAAUUCCCUUGUGCAUGUCCACGGACUGUGGUCCGUGCUCGUGGUAGGGAGUUUGGGGCGUGGGCCACUAGCCCAGCGUGCCCGCACUUUGAGUUGAAGGGAAACACGGUGAAUAUAUCUGACCCGUUUCUAAUCAAUUUGGCCUUCUGCUGCUGCAGGAAACUCUAUUUAUAAGUAACUUGCCAUCAGAGGGUAAGAGCAAUAGCUUUUAAGUUCCUCAGAGAUUAAAACUUGUACCAUAAUGUA